AUGGAGAACGACUUGUCGGAGUUGUUUGAUGACGAAAGGAAGGUCUUCGAAGGUGCAGAGGCGGCCGGAAACGGCAAUUUGAUUACAGUAAAGGACAAUCGGGUUUUCGCGUGGUUGCCUCACGUCAAUCGCCUUGUGACGGCCGGCUGCGUGAACUGGAACGCUCGAAAAUCGACGUUUACCUAUGGACUAACAACGGUCCUAAGUUUCUGCUCGCUGCCGUCUGAGGAAGUGUUGCAGUUGAAAUUGGACAGCUCGGGGCUGCAUUUGGCGUUGGUCACCAAAACUCAGGUCGUCGUUGUGUUUGUUCCGCCGUGCAUCUUCUUCUCUGCUGACCAAACCGACUGCCAAGGAACGCAGUACUGCAGAAGCCGGUCUCUGGCUAUGGUUGUUGGUGAAGGCAUAUCCAACGACUUUCGCAUUUUGUGUGCAAGGUGGUAUGCGUCUGCCAAGAACGAUUGUCGUUUAGCUGUGCUCGGCAACGACAAUCUAUUUCGGUACUGGCUUUGA